AUGGCCUCAGCUCCACCAUCCACAGAGAUAGAGCAGGAGGCCAACUGCCCCAUCUGCCUGGAGUGCCUGACGGACCCCGUGGUCCUGGACUGUGGGCACAGCUUCUGCCAGGCCUGCAUCACUGACUACUGUGAGAAAUGGGAGACUCUGGGAGACUUGGAGUGUCCUGUCUGCAAAUUCAAGUUCCAGAAAGGGGCUUUCCGCCGAAACUGGCAGCUGGCAAACCUAGUUGAAAAAAUUCAACUGGUGCCACAAAGUUCAAGAAAAGAUCUUUGCUUGAGACACCAGGAAAAACUCCACUUCUUCUGCAAAGAGGAUGAAAAAUUGGUGUGUGCUGUCUGUGAGCGAUUCCCAGAACACAAAGGACACACAAUACUUCCCCUGGAAGUGGUUGCUCAGGAAUACAAGGAUCAGUUCUGCAGCCGUCUGGAGAUUCUGAAGAAGGAGAGAGAGAGAAUUGUGGCGUUUCAAGGAGAUGUGGAGAAGGAAAGCCAAGACCUGCUCAAACAAACCAAAGAAGAGAAGCAAGAGACAGUAGCCAAGUUCAGGCAACUGCACACAUUUCUGGAGGAACAAGAGAAACUUUUGCUGGCCCAGAUGGAAGAGGUGGAGAAGGAGGUGGUGAGAAACAGGGACCAGCAUCUGGCCAGAAUCUCUGAGGAACUCUCUUCUCUGGAAAGCCUCAUCCGGGAGAUGGAGGAGAAAUGUCAGCAGCCGGCCAGUGAUCUCCUGCAGGAUGUCAGAAGCACAUUGCAGAGGUAUGAAGACAAGAAGUCGUUUGAGAAUCCAUUGGCUUUUCCUCUUGCACUGAAGUGGCACAUCUGGGACUUCUCAGAUUUAAAUCUCCUUUUGGAGGGCAUCGAGAAGCAACUCAAAGGUAAUGAAGAAACACUGCCGGACCUUCUUGUUCUGAGGAUGUUGCAUGUGGGAAGACAUCUCUGCCUUUUAGAAGGGCAGGAGCAGGCAGGAGAGUCUGAUAACCAAGGAGAGGGUGGCAGAGCUGAUGCCGUUUCACUUUUGUCUCCUCAUUUUCCCUCAACAGCAAAUGUGACUCUGGAUCCAGACACAGCCCAUCCAUGUCUCAUCCUUUCUGAGGGUCAGAAAAGCGUGCGAGUGGGAGAAAAAGCUCAAGCUCUGCCCACAAAUCCUGAGAGAUUUGACUUGGAGUAUAUUGUGCUGGGCUGUGAAGGAUUCACAGGAGGCCGCCAUUUCUGGGAAGUCCUUGUGGGAAGUGAGGAAAACUGGGCUGUGGGGGUGGCCAGAAAGUCUGUGAGGAGGAAGGGAGGCCUCACUUUUACUCCUGAGGAAGGGAUGUGGGCUGUGGGGAAGUGGUCAGGGAUGCACAGGGUUUGUAUAAAAGCUCACCCUCCCCUGACUGUGAGUGGGGAGCUGAAGAGGAUCCGAGUGUGCCUGAACUAUGCUGGGGGUCGAGUGGCCUUUUUUGAUGCUGACCGAGCAGCCCUUCUCUACAAGUUCUCCGGAGCCUCCUUCCAUGGAGAGACCCUCCUGCCCUUCUUUUCAGUGUAUGGAAAAGGCCACCUCAAAAUCUCUUCCUAGGACCUUUUCUUCACACCAGGACCAUCAAGAAGAAAAUAGUAUUUCUCAAUAUUCUUCCUUUUUUCAAGGCCUGUGAAGACCUCUCCUGUCUCCAGCCACCAAAAUUGACUGGGGUAAAAUGGAAAUAUUUCCCCCUCCAUUUCCCAACAUUCCUCCCCCCCCUUGCAUCUUAUUCCUUAAAGUGACAGUAAUGCCUUUCCCAUUGUAAAAGAUACAGGAGAGCUCUGAACAGACCCCGCCCCCCCCCCUUGAUCUCUCCAGCCUUCGUUCUCCUCAAGCACAAGGGAGGAACUGCUGCAGAGCCUACAGAGGAAGACGAGGUCCUGCAUGUUUGAGUUACUAUUUGGGAUUUCCUCUCUUCUUUAAUGGGCACUAUCUGCUAGUUUUUGCCCUGUGUUCAGCCUGCCUUUUCUGAUGGACACUGGAGACCCUGUCCCUGCCAAGGUAGCUGUGUUCAGAGACCACUUGUGUUUCGGUUAUGCCAGAGAUUGAAAAGAUGUUAUGUUUAUUAUAAAGUGAUGUUUUGUUGAAAA